UUUAUUAAUGUAGAGGUAGCAGCGGCCAUGGCAAACUGGCUGCUUCUGGUUCCAAGACCGAGACGCAUAAUAAACACAAAGCUGCACCGGUGCUCCGAGGAAAAUACAAAGCCAAGCGCAGUACUGAGGUUUUCUAAAACUGAAGCCCAACGGAGUCAGACUGCCUAGAAGAAGAGCUCAUACGGCAUGCAAAGUUGUGAAAUAUCGUCAGACAGCACUGAUGAUUCUCAUAGUAGUGGCCCACGACGACCUCCUCAUCGGCAGCCUCGGAUAGUGGUGAUCGGCGCUGGCCUAGCCGGACUCGCUGCGACCAAGACCCUGCUGGACGCCGGCUUCACGGACGUCAGGCUCCUUGACGCGUCCCACCGCGUCGGGGGGAGAGUGCAGAGCAUACAGCACGGUACAGCCAGCCUCGAGCUCGGGGCCACCUGGAUCCAUGGCACCAACGGGAACCCCGUGUACCACCUGGCCCAGGAGCACGGGCUGCUGGAGCACACCACGGACAGCGAGCGCAGCGUGGGACGCAUCAGCCUCUACGGCAAGAACGGCGUGGCCCACUACCGGACCGACAGGGGCCGCCGGAUCCCCAAAGACCUGGUGGAGGAGUUCAGCGACCUGUACAACGAGGUGUUUAAGCUGACACAGGAGUUCUACCAGAACGGGAAGCCGGUGUGUGCUGAGAGCCAGAACAGCGUGGGCGUGUUCACACGGGACUACAUGCGCCAGCGCAUCACGUCAGACCCCGACGACUCAGACGCCGUCAAGAAGCUCAAACUCUCCCUGCUGCAGCAGUACCUCAAAGUGGAGAGCUGUGAGAGCAGCUCCCCCAGCAUGGACGAGGUGUCCCUGAGCGAGUUCGGCGAGUGGACGGAGAUCCCCGGCGCCCACCACGUCAUCCCGGGCGGCUUCAUGAAGAUCGUGGACAUCCUGGCGCGGGACAUCCCGCCCCGGAACGUCUCCCUGGGGAAGGCCGUCCGCUGCGUCCACUGGACCGCCUCGGCCCAGGGGCAGACGCAUCAGCGCCGGGGGGGCGGCGGGGGCAACCGGACGCGGGGGGAGGGCGGCCGUGACGACGGUCGCCGCGGCCGCGACGGCGACCACAACGAAAACGACCGCAACACCGCGGGCGACCGGCUCAUCCUGGGCGCCGGGCGGGCGGUGCGCGUGGAGUGCGAGGACGAGGAGUGGCUGGCGGCCGACCACGUGAUCGUCACGGCGUCGCUGGGCGUGCUGAAGGACCGGCACGAGGCGCUGUUCUCGCCGCCGCUGCCCGAGGAGAAGGUGCUGGCCAUCGAGAAGCUGGGCAUCAGCACCACCAACAAGAUCUUCCUGGAGUACGCCCAGCCCUUCUGGAGCCCCGAGUGCAACAGCAUCAAGCUGGUGUGGGAGGAGGAGGAGGAGGAGGAGGGGCCGGCGCUCCCGGAGGAGCAGUGGUACAAGAAGAUCUGCUCGUUCGACGUGCUGUACCCGCCGCAGCGCUACGGCCACGUGCUCAACGGCUGGAUCUGCGGCGAGGAGGCGCUGCUCAUGGAGCGCUACGACGACGACACAGUGGCCGAGACCUGCACCGAGCUGCUGCGCCGCUUCACAGGAAACCCAGACAUUCCCAAACCCAGGCGGAUCCUGCGCUCCUCCUGGGGCAGCAACCCCUACAUCCGGGGGUCCUACUCCUUCACCAGGGUGGGCUCCAGCGGGGGGGACUUCGAGAGGCUAGCCACGCCCCUACCCUGCGCUGACAGCACCAAGGCCCCGCCUCUCCAGGUCUUGUUUGCUGGGGAGGCCACCCACAGGAAAUACUAUUCCACUACCCAUGGUGCUUUGCUGUCAGGCCAAAGAGAGGCCAAUCGCCUGGUAGAGAUGUACCAGGAUUUGCACAGUGCUAAAACCACAACGCCUAACGUGUAAACCGACAAACCAGAACCACUGACUAGUGAUGAACACACAAAUUAAAUUGUGAUGUCAGAUAUUUUGUAUGUUUGGACGAUAAGUUACACAUCUUACAAUCAAUCUGGGGGCAUUACAUAGUAUAAAUUAAGUCUAACUUCAAAUGUACUGUAGAAUAAAACAUACAGUUUUACUUGACGUGUAUUAAGUUUCCGUGGGUGCUGUCAAUAUUUUGUCUUAUCAUUCUUUUUUUAAUCAUCGAUGUCAUAAUGUUUAUAAUAACAGCAUUUAGGAUUUAACUUAUUUUUUGUAAGUGCCUUCUGUAUCUAAUCUGAUUCUGAAUGAUGAGAAUUCUGAUUAAAAGGAAGAACACUUAACAAUCUUAAUAAAUGUUGUCAUAUGGUCCGAAGUAAUAUUUGUUCAGACAUAUCAGUAGUUACAUUACGUUAUACUUCGGUUCCACAUGUUCAUCCGUUGUUGAAAAAGUAUGCCUUUUUUUUAAAACAGUUGGGAGAACAGACAUGUCUACAGAAGGUAAAGCAAAUCCAGUUCAAUGCAUUAAUGUGACAGUCAUUCAUGUACCAUUGAUUUUCUCCUUUUGACUUGUAACAAGAUUAAUGCAGUAAAGAACAAAUAAUACUCUGCCUAUAGAAAUCUACCUAUAUUUUCCAUGUCUAUACCAAUAAUAAAAGAUGUAACAAUUUUA